UCUCAAAUAUGGCUUCCAUUUUUAACCUUCUCUCUUUCAUUCUCUUCCUUUCUCUGCUAUUUCCAGGCAAUGAUGCAUCAAACAAUUGUUUGAGUGAGAACCAAUCAAGAACAGGAAACUGGGCACAUGGCAUGAGUGAGAAGAAAGUGAGGAUUAUUAACAGAUGUGUGUGUUCAGUGUCAGAAGUGAAGCUCAACUGCACUGAUUUUCAAACCUACAAAACAGAAGAUCCUUCGAUUUUGAACAUUUCUGGUGAUGUCUGUCUUCUUAAAAAUGGUUCUUCCAUUUCUACUGAUGAAGCUGUUGAGUUUCUCUAUGCAUGGGAUCCUCCCUUUCCAUUUCAACCUAUCUCCUUCAAUCAAUCAUGCCAUUAGAAAAAAAAAAUGUGUUUUUACACCCAAUACAACUACUUUUCACAACCACUCUUUCUUAGGUUAUUAUAUAGUCAUUGAAAAUACAAAUAAACUGUAUUUGUAAAGAGAAAAAGAGAUCAAAAGUUGAAAUAGUGGGUGAAAAAGUUUAUA